UCAUCAGUGUGCGCGAUCUUUUCUGUUUUGCUUCCCAGGCCCACAUGACAGAAAAGAACGUGGCUUUUUCCUUUCACAGAAAUCUUUCGCUGUUUUUAUGACUGUGGGAAACAUGUUUAAUGAAGAUGCAGAAUGGAACGACGAAGAAGACGCUUUAAUCCUGAGUAAAAACGUCUUUGGUGGCACUCAGAAAAGGAACAGCAGCUCAAAUGUUACACCCAAGAUUGUGGGUAAGAAGAGCCUGCUGCGGACACUGCGGACACUGGGACCAGUACCAGAGUGGAAGAGCAGUGAUCAUGUCCAGAAGAGUGACAGUGAGGCUGAAGAUGCUCCGGCUGCAAGAACAAAGAAAAAGAGACGAAAGAAGAGAAAACCUGCAGAGACAUCAGAGGAGCAGCAAAACAGUGCAGAUCAAUCUGUCGAAGGCAAACCUGCGUCAACAAAGAAGAAGAAAGGGAGCAAAGCUGAGAACCUAAAGAAAGAGCCCACGUCUGCUGGAGAGACAAAGGACGAAGAGAUCACAGAAUCUAUGAAAAACGAACCACCGAAUGUGGAGAGAUUGAGCAGAAAACAGUGGAAAAACAAGAUAAAGAACAAGAGAAAAUGUAAAAACAAAUACCGCUCCAAAAGUCUGGAGGACGGUGUAAAUAAAACCAAGAAUGCAAGUGAAGAAGAGCCAAAGCAAAAACUUGAACUAGAUUCACACAGCAGCAGUAAUAACAAUGACCACUUGAUUCCAACAACUAGCCUAAAAAAGAAAAAAGGAGGAAAUAAACCACUGAAAAGAAAAAACUCAGACGAGGUUGUGUUUUCUCCAGGAGGCCAAAAGAAGCAAAAAGCAGAAAAUAACACGGAGAGUAAAAAUGCAACACUUGAACCUUCUGAAGAUGGGUUACACCAGGAAGUAGAGGAACCGUCUAUAAAGAUUGCAAAUCAUGAGCUAAAAAUACAGAGAGUUGAGCUGAGCAAAGAACAGAGUCUGAAAAGGCAGAAGCUGCGGAAUAUGCUGUGCUCCCCCGCAGCAGUUAAGGAGAGUCCAGCGGAGCAGACAGACUCAGCGGCUGCAGGGCCGGAGGAAGAGAAACCAGAGGAGGUCAAACUCAGUCGCUCGGAUAUCUUGCGAUCCCGCAUGGAGCAGCGCUUGGAAUCCGCUCGUUUUCGUUACAUCAAUGAAGUUCUGUACAGCUCGUCCAGCGGCGAGGCGAAGCGCAUGUUUCAGCAGGACCCAGAGGCCUUCUGGGUGUACCACAAAGGCUACACCUCACAGGUUCAGAGAUGGCCAGUCAACCCAGUGGACCAAAUCAUCUCAUACAUUCAGAAAAAGCCCUCAUCUCUGGUGGUUGCAGACUUUGGAUGUGGUGACUGUAAAAUAGCCCGCAGCGUGAAGAACAAAGUGCACAGCUUUGACCUGGCAGCCACCUGUGAGCUGGUCACAGUUUGUGACAUGUCCAAGGUUCCUCUGGGCGACGCCUCUGUGGACAUCGCUGUGUUUUGUCUGUCUCUCAUGGGAACCAACUUGCCAGACUUCUUAGCAGAGGCCAAUAGAGUCCUAAAAAACGGGGGGGUUCUCAAAGUCGCAGAAGUGGCAAGUAGGUUUGAAAAUGUGCGGAACUUCAUCACUGCGCUCUCAAAUCUGGGAUUCAAGAUGGUGUCCAAGGAUGCUCAAAACACUCAUUUCCACUCAUUUGAGUUCAUAAAGACGGGAAACGCUCCAAAGAACGUGAAGAAGUUUGGAGUACAACUAAAGCCUUGUGUCUACAAGAAAAGAUGAGAUCAUCAAAUAUUGUGUUGUUUUUUUUAAUUAUCAUUGGUGUUGAAUUGCUUUCAGUUUGUAAAGGAGCAAAAAAAAAAACUGCUUCAGAAAAAACGUUAGACACGCCUCGCCUGGUAACUUGUCUGCUGAAAAUGGCUGAUUUGCAAAGCAAAAGAAAGCAAGAAAGCCAUUUGUUACUUCAGUCAUUAAGUUUGAAACUUUGUAAGUCUCUAUUCUUUUAUAAAAAUCCACCAUCCAUUUGAGAACAUUUUGUAAAGUUUUACAGAUUAAUGUUUUGCAGCAAUUGUUUCAGUUUAAUUUAAUACCAUUUUUUAAUGUACAGAUACUUCUUUAGAUGUCAGGGAUGUGCAUUGGUUUAGCUCUAAUGAGUUAAAUAGAUAAAAUGGAUAGAUCUGAGAUUUAUAUGACAAAAUUCUUUAGGGAAAGUUUUACAGGAAUGUCCUUGUAUUCUUUGACUCUUAUUUCAACUGCCAGUUGUUUUUCUUCAUCUUUCCUGAAAAGAAAAUACAUUUCUUUAAAUUGA